AUGAACCUUUCUCAGAAGGAUAAAGAAAAAAUGAUAGAACAAGUCAUAGAAAUUACAAACAGUACAAGAGAAAAUGCUGUAUUUCUAUUAGAAUCUAAUGAAUGGAAUUUAUCUGAAACAGUUAUGAAUUAUUUAGAAAAUUAUAAGAAUUCAGAUGAGAAAAUACAUAAAAAAGAAUCGCAUAGUAAUUUAGAAAAAAAAAAUAACUCUAAUUUUAAGACACUUGAUGAUAUUUAUGAUAAAGAAUCUGAUUCAGAAGAUGAAGCCCAAAAAAAUUUAUAUUCAGGAGGAGAAAAAUCUGCAGUUUAUAUUCAACAUCCAGAGAAAGAUAAAAGUAAUAUUAUUAAGGAAAUUUUAAAAAAAGCUUCAAAAAAUAGUUAUAGAGAGCAAGAUGAGCCAGUUCCAUCAUCUACAGUUUUUAAAUUUUCAGGAACAGGUUAUGUUCUUGGCGGUGAAAAUGAAGAGUCGCGUAAGAUCCCAGAUCCUACGACAUUAAAUGUUCAUUUACCUCCACCAAAAGCUACACGAGAUUUAAUAUUUUGGAAAGAUGGAUUUACAAUUGAUGAUGGUCCUUUAAUGAGAUAUGACGAUCCUUCAAAUACGGAGAAUCUUCAGUUGAUUAAUUCUGGACAUGCACCAUUAUCAUUAUUAAAUGUAGAAGUGGGACAAGAAGUAGAUUUAAGGGUCCAAAAAAUGAUGGAUAAAGAGUACAAAUCUUCAAAAAAGUAUGUUCCAUUUUCCGGAAUGGGACAAAGAUUAGGAAGUCCAACACCAAAAAUUAUUAACUCCGCACCUUCAAAGUGGCCUGAAGAUGCCAAAAAUGGUAGUAGAGACAUUAUUUAUAAACAUACAGUUAAUGAAAUGUCUCCUACUACAACAUUACAGAUUCGGUUUGGGGAUGGCUCAAAACAUACAGUAAGAUUUAAUUUAACCCAUACAAUUGGAGAUAUUUAUGAUUUUAUGAAUGCAAACAGAAUAACUAAUGACUCACGUGAUUAUAUAUUGCAAACUAUUUUUCCUAAUAAAGAAUAUCUGAAUAAAUCAUUAACUCUAAAAGACGCUGGAUUAUUAAAUGCAGUUCUUGUCCAGAAAUAUAUAUGA